UCAGACUCGGCCUGUUCCUCUCCAGCUCCUCUUCUCCAGGUAUUGGCCUGUUCUUCCUUCAACAAUUCCUGUUCCUUACAUCAUCCUUUUGGAGAAAACUGGGAUGAUCCUAGAGGGAACUGCCUCUGCCUGGAAGGGUUGUGAACACUUCCCCAAGGAAAGGGUGAAGUACCAGGAAUUCCCUUGACUUCUGAUCAUGAAGACUCUGCUUCCAGCAGCUGGUCCUUCUGCUGCUCACUGAUGUGACGGAGCUCCUGCCAUUCCCUCCCCCUCUGUUAUCUGCAUCCUGAACCUCUGUUUUGCCACAGCGUUAGCAUUGGGGUAUUUUAUCCAAGGCGGAGGCCAUGGACAUUGAGAAAGCCGUUGCAGAUGGGAACUUGCCAGCGGUGGUCUCCGCCAUCAGGGAGACUCUGCAGAUAGUGCUCAGGACACCAGUCAACAUCGCUGUGGUGGGAGACUCUGGCAAUGGCAUGUCUAGCUUCAUCAAUGCACUUCGGAACACAGGACAUGAGGGGGAAGACUCGGCUCCUGUGGGGGUGGCAAAAACUACCCAGACACGUGCCUCCUGUUUAUCUCCCUACUUUCCAAAUGUGGUGCUGUGGGACUUGCCUGGCACAGGGUGUGCCACCGACAGCCUGGAGAACUAUCUGAUGGAAAUGCAGUUCAGCCGAUAUGACUUCUUCAUCAUCAUUGCAUCUGAACAGUUCAGCGUGAGUCAUGUAAUGCUUGCCAAAACCAUUGAGGACAUGAGAAAAAAGUUCUACAUUGUCUGGACCAAGCUGGACGUGGACCUCAGCACAAGUGCCUUCACAGAAGAGCAGCUGCAUCAGACUAUCACAGAAAAUAUUCUGGAAAAUCUUCAGAAGAAGCAGGUAUGUGAACCCCCUAUAUUUUUGGUCUCCAGCCUAGAACCUUUUUUGCACGACUUCCCAAAGCUUAGAGACAUGUUGAGAACAGAUCUCAUAAAAAAUAGGUGCCAUGACCUCCUUCAAAAGCUGUCCCACACCUGUGAGAUGGUCAUUAAUGACAAAGUGACCUCCCUGCAAAAGAAAAUAACCACACAGUCUUUUCAGGAUGCCUGUGGCAUCUCAGAUGCAGAUGAUUUGGGUGUGUGUCUGAAUGCCUACCAAUCGUUCUUUGGUGUGGAUGAUGAAUCUCUCUGGCAGGUGGCACAAAGAAUGGGGAGGAUAUUCACGGACUAUAUGAACAUCUUGAAGUCUCGUGAUGUGCAAGGUCUCAGCAAAAGGGAUUGGAAAAUGACUUGCCUGACUUGUGCAGUCAUGAAGGCAUUCCUCAGUCUCCUGAGCUACAUCCCAUGGCUAGGUGACUAUAUCAUCUGCUACUUCAGAGGAAUGAAACAUAGGCUCUUACUUGCCAUAGUUGCCGAGGACACAAAGACUAUCCUAAGAAAAGUCCUGGAAGACUCCAUCAUCCCCCAGUGAAAGCCAACUUGAGAGAAUUCUAGCAGGCUCUUUUUCAGCUCUGCCCUGACCCCAUCUGGAAAUCUGCACCCCUUCCAGUCUGGAGACCAGAUCCUUCUCAAAAUUUGGAGAAACGGGGCAGAUGAGCAGUUAGAGGGAAAUGGACUGACCCUUGGGAUGUCCUGCUCACUGUUCCUACCACAAUUAAACUGGCUAGAUUAAAGACCAGGACUCAUCACACCUGAGUGAAGCUUUACCCAUUGAUGGACACAGCAGAACAGGAUAUAGUGCCCAACAACUGAAAGAACUGGUUGUUGAUAGAAAGAUCAAGACAUGGCCAGGAGACUCACUCUCUUCCUCUUCAUAGCUCUUCUGACCUUGGGGACUUUGGGGAAUGGACAAGACAUGAUACCCUUCCAAUGGGAUGAGAAUAUUUGGACUUAGUUGGCUAAGAAUGUUAUGAAUGUAUCUGAUUUUUGUCUAGCAGGCAGAACUCAUGUAGACCAGUAUUUACAUCUUGUUUACUAGGAGUCUGUAUUCCUUUAGAAAUGCUCAGGAAAUUUCACUGUGUUCCACCACAGCCAAAGGAAUCUCACCUAUCAGGAUUUGUAUGGGCAGGGACCUGCAAGAUGGACUAAGGAAUGGUAUAUAUUUUCUAUCCAUCUUAAAAUAGUUACACCUGGUAAAGAUUAUGUAAAGUUCUUAGGAUGCACCACCCCCACGUCAAUUUAACUAAUAGCUUGCUUCAAUAUCAUAAGACAACUACCAUAUCUUAUGCCUAUAUACAUACUAAAAUCCCUAAGGGAUGGUUUUUGGUGUGUGGACAACAGGCCUUUUUUUAUGUUCCAGCUAAUACCACAGGAGGGCCUUGUUCUCUAGGGAGAUUAGUACCAUUCUUGCCCAGGGCACAGGACCUGAAUAAUACCCUGAGCAUAUGUCUUGUCCUGGGCAUGCAUAUGACUAUAAAUUUAUAAUACAGACAAGUACUUUGAAUGCCCUAAUUUCCUAAAGAAAUCAGGGCAGAGAAAUUAAAGAAUUCAAAGUGCUUUUUAAAAAAUGCUUUACUA